CGGGACUUUGUGUCCAAGAUGCGCAAGGCCGGCAAGAACGUGGUUGUAUUCUAUGGAUCGCAAACCGGCACAGCUGAGGACUUUGCAGGGCGGCUGGGCAAAGACAUGCAGUCGGCCGGGGUGCGGCCGCUGGUGCUGGAUCCUGAGCUCUACGACUGGCAGAACCUGGCGGCCCUGGGGCCGAACGAGCUGGUGGUCUUUUUGCUGGCCACCUCGGGCGAGGGCGAGCCAACCGAUAACAUGGAGGCGUGGUUCAACGCGCUGGCGUCUGACCGCGAGAGCCCGGAGCAGUCCGAGGCGCCCGAGUUCCACCAGCCCUCCGACAAGGAUACGCUGGACCACGAGACACCGCUCACCGGCACCGCCUACGCAAUGUUCGGGCUGGGAAACAACACGUACGAGCAGUUCAACCAGCACGCGCGCGUGGUCGACGGCCGCCUGCACGCACUCGGGGCCACGCGUGUGGGCGAGCGCGGCGAGGGCGACGACGACGUCGACAUCGAGGAGGAUUUUUCAAAGUGGAAGGAGGCGACACUGCCGCUGAUCCGCAAGCACCUUGGCGCGGCGGACGAUAGCUCGGCCGAGGUGUCGCCGCCAACGUGGGAUAUCACGGAGGUGUCCGCCGACGGCGACCAGGUGUGGACGCACGGCGAGAUGGGCGGCGGCGGCGGCGCGGCUGUGGGCCCGCACAACCCGUUCAACGCACCCAUUGCGGCAGCCGUCGACCUGACGCCCAGCGGCGACCGGUAUGUGCUGCACGUGGAGGUUGAGCUGCAGGGCAGCGGCGUGCGCUACGAGACCGGCGACCACCUGGGCGUCUACGCGGCCAACGCCGACGCCGAAGUCGACCUGCUCCUCCGCGCGCUGCAGCUGCAGGGCCGCGCCGACACGCCGAUCGCCGUGCGCGCCCUCGACCCAUUUGCCGCGCAGCAGACGCUGUUCCCCGGCACGGCAACGACGUACCGCGCGGCGUUCCGCCACUACCUCGAGAUCGCCGUGCCUGUGCCGCGCGCCCAGAUAUCCGCGCUUGUGCUCCCGCAUGCCCGCAGCGCCGCGGCGCGCGCGUUCCUCGGCCCGCUGGCCGCCGACAAGGGCGCGCACGCUGCGACCGUGGCCGCCGGCUGCCUGACGCCGGCGCGGCUGCUUCUCGCUGUGCGCGAGGCCGAGGCCGCCGCGGGCGUUGCCGAGAGCGACAUGCUGGCGCUGCCGGUGGCCACGGCCUUUGAGCUGUGCCCGCGCAUGCAGCCGCGGCUGUAUUCGAUCUCGUCGAGUGCGCGCGUCGCGCCCACGCGCGCGUCGCUGACGGCCGUUGUGCUGCAGUACGAUGCGCAGACUGGCCUGGCUGCGCGCCUGCCGCUGGGCGCGCGCCGCUGCGGCGUCGCAACAAACUACCUGCUGGCCGCCAUGCAGAUGCACAGCGCAGGCUCCAGGCCGGCGCCGAUUGCCGACGCCAAGGACCACAGCGUGUGCACCUACGCCAAUCUGCCGCGCACACUGCCGGUGUUUGUGCGCCGCUCGCCAUUCCGCCUUCCGUCUGAUGCCGCCACGCCCAUUGUUAUGGUUGGUCCGGGCACCGGCCUGGCGCCCAUGCGCGCCUUCGUGCAGGAGCGCGCCCAGCUUGCGCGCGAAUCCCCCGAGGCAGCACAAGGCACGGCACUGCUGUUCUUCGGCGCGCGCUCGGCCGCCCGCGACUUCACCUACGGCGACGAGCUGGCCACGCUGUUUGCCGACAUUGGAAGGGUCGCGCCCGAGUCACGCAUCAUCACUGCGUUUUCGCGCGAUCAGCCGCAGAAAAUCUACGUGCAGAACCGCAUUGCUGAGUAUGCUGAUUUGGUUUAUCGCACGCUGCUGUGCGGCCAGGAGAAGCUGAACGGCCCGCCGCGUGCGCACAUUUACGUCUGUGGUGAUGCUAAGCAUAUGGCGAAGGAUGUCGCGGGCGCGCUUGUUACGCUUAUUGCUGACCGCGAGGGUGUCUCUGAGGAUGUCGCCACCAAGUGGAUCACGGAGAUGCGCCGCUUGUCGCGGUACCAGGAGGACGUGUGGAGCUAA